CUCACGUAGACGGAGGCAGCAUGUGGCUGCUGCUUGUGCCGCUUAUGCUCGUCCUCCCGAUCAUCGGCCUUGUUUACUUCUACCUUUUCUAUGGCGGCGACGGGAACCUCUUUAACCCAGCGGAUGUGCAUCCCCCAAAACCGCUUGUCACGGAUAAGGAAGCCCGCAACAGAGUUCUCAAGAAAGGUUUCUCUCUGGAUAAAGUACCCCCCAACCUAGAUGCUAUUGUUAUUGGAAGUGGCAUUGGGGGUUUGUCUGCAGCUGCAGUCUUGGCAAAGGCAGGAAAACGGGUCUUGGUGCUCGAGCAACAUGGCAAAGCUGGGGGCGCCUGCCACACCUUUCAAAAGAAGGGCUUUGAAUUCGACGUUGGCAUCCAUUAUAUAGGGCAAAUGCAGGAAAAUGAAAUGAGCCGAAUGAUCAUGGAUCAGCUCACUGAUGGGCAACUCGAAUGGGUGAAGUUGGAGGAUCCCUAUGAUAUCAUAACCAUCGGGGACAAGGAUUACCCACUGUUUUCGGGCAAGAAGGCCUUUGUAGAAGGGUUGGAGAGGCAGUUCCCAGAGGAGAAGGAGGCCAUCAAAGAGUACAUGAGGCUUUCCAAGAUAGUAAUGGCCCAUGUGCCAUGGAUGUCCAUGCUGAAGAUGAUUCCCUUGUGGCUCUCCAUGUUCCUGAUCCGAUGGGGACUCAUCCACUGGUUCUCACCUAUUUUCAGAUUGGCCGCAACCAGUCAGAGCGAAGUGGUAGAGAAGCUGACCUCCAACAAGGAUCUGAGAGCCAUCUUCAGCUACUUCUUCUAUGGAGUUCCUCUGAAGGACUCCAGCUUCUUCAUGACGGCGCUGCUGAUCCACCACUAUUCAUUUGGUGCGUGGUACCCAAGAGGCGGCUCAAGCGAGAUCCCUUUCCACAUCAUCCCUGUCAUCGAGCGCUCGGGAGGUGCUGUGCUAACGAAGGCCUGUGUGGGCCAGAUCUUGGUCUCCGAAAAUGGCAAGGCUGUAGGAGUGACCGUCCAUAAAGGAACUCAGGAAGAGGUAAAGGUGUAUGCUCCAGUUGUGAUCUCGGAUGCUGGCGUAUUCAACACCUUUGCGAAGCUGUUACCUUCGGAGAUCAGAAGCAAACCUGAGAUCCAGUCACGACUUGACAUGAUUCAGCAUGGUACGGGGUCUGUCCAAGUCUUUGUGGGCCUUCGGGGGACCAAAGAAGAGCUUGGAAUCAAAUCAACAAACUACUGGAUUUAUCUUCACAAUGACCUGGACAGUAUAACCACAGAAUUUGCUACCUUAACCAGAGACGAGGUGAAUGCCAAGCUCCCUAUGGUCUUCAUCAGCUUCCCAUCAGCCAAGGACCCCACAUACCAAGAGAGGCACCCAGGUUGCUCUUGCAUGACGCUGAUCACCAUGGCACACUAUGAGUGGUUUGCGGAGUGGAAUGGGACCAGUGUGAAGAAGAGAGGGGCUGAUUAUGAGGCUGUGAAGAUGGAGAUUGCCCAGCACCUCCUAGACCUUGCUUUGGCAAAGUUUCCCCAGCUCUCUGACAAGGUGGAAUUUGUAGAAGCUUCUUCUCCACUCAGCAACCAGCACUAUCUAGCGGCCCCUCUGGGAGAAACGUACGGUGCAGAGCACAACCUGGACCGCUUCAGGGCACACGUUGUGGCCACCAUGAGAGCAAAGACUCCCAUCCCAAAUCUCUAUUUAGCAGGCCAAGAUAUCAACUGUUGUGGCCUAAUGGGGGCUCUUCAUGGAGGCUUGUUCUGUGCCUCCGCUGUGCUGGGGCGCGUCAUUUACAAAGACCUGCUGCACCUGAAGAAGAAACUGGAAAGGCAGAACCACAAGAAAGAGGCCUAGUCCCACCAGCCAUGGCCUCUUUCUCAGGAACACGUUGUGUGCUAGACCUAAAAAAACUAAGAAGGGGCCUCUGAUCAGACUGGCAGCUGCCUAGUCCAGUGUUCUUUUCCCCACAGUUCACAACUGGACGCCGCUGGGAACUCCUUGGCUUUCUCCCACCAUUAUUCUCCAGCAGCUGCCAUUUGCAGGUUUGCUGUGUCUGAUUCGGGAGGGAGCCGCUGGUAGAAUUAAUCUGUCUACACCCUCUUUGAAGCCGUCUAAACUGAUGGCCACCUCUGGGUCAUCCUGUCUCGGCAUAUUCCAUCAGUGCACUGCGUGUUGUGUAAAGAAGUAAAGACUCAAUUUCCUUUA